UCCGGUGUGGUGGAGAAGAGGCGCGCGUGCGCUCGUGCGAAUAGCAGACGAUAGUUCCUUGUGGAGUUAAAAGGGCGGGAACAAAGCUAACACCCGAGUCACAUGUAAUUUUAUUUCUGUUACUCCCGUGUUGAGGGCUCGGAACUAUUUCGCUGGACUUCCAUCAUGGUUUGGGACACCCAUUUGCUUGUAGUGGUAGGCGCACGUGCAACUGUGUCCCCCUGAAUCAUUUUAUUCUAUCGAAGUUGACGGACGCAUAGCAAGUCAUAAUGAUCCCAUGGUUGUUGCUCAAUUUGGAUAUAACUGGUAGUCUCCUGUUGAUAAUCAACUUCUUGGGGCUAGAUGCCGUGACGUUUGAGCCAAGUUUUGACGUCCCCAUGGUAAACGUCACCGUCAAGCAGGGUACUACUGCCAUUUUGCCUUGUUCUGUGAAAUUUCUGGGUCAACAUCAGGUUGUAUGGACUGACCAGUGGUCAACGCUUUUGACCUUUGAAGAUCGACGGAUCAUUGAUGAUGAACGUUUAAGCGUUGAGAGACCCUAUACUACAGACUGGAAUUUGCAUAUCAGAACUGUGAGGCACAACGAUCAGGGGAUUUACAACUGUCAGGUCAAUACAAGUCCGGUGAAAAUUAAGACCGUGAAUCUUAAAGUACAAGUACCAGCAGAAAUUAUUAACAAGUUGUCAUCUGAUGACGUGACGGCCAGGGAGGGGGAUACAGUGACCUUGGUAUGUAACGUGACGGGUAUCCCUAUGCCAACGGUCACGUGGCACCGUCACAAGUCGUUAGAGAAAGAUGACGUAGAGAAAGAGAGUGAGUUCUGCCCUGGCACUAAUAGGAUCGGCGUUAGCGGCGAAGUGCUGAUCAUCCAUAACGUUAGCCGAUAUUGUGGAGGCACCUACGAAUGUGUGGCGUUCAAUGGCGUCCCUCCUGCCGUAAAUCGGCACAUCAACGUAGCAGUUGAAUUCCCCCCUGAAAUCCGGUUGCCCAACAAAAGAAUUAGCCAAGCGCUGCGCAAGGAGACGAUCCUGGAGUGUAUUGUGACAGCCUUCCCGCAGGAGAUAACUAUAUGGACUAGAGAAGGUGUGCAGAUAACUAACAGUUUCAAAUAUCGUGUGGAAAUAUAUGCUGAGGAAGACCAUAUGAUCAUCCUCAGCUUAAGGAUACGGGACUUGGACUAUAGGGAUUUUGGAGACUAUACCUGCAAGGCGUCCAACAGACUCGGACAAGAUGAAGAACGAAUGAACUUAUAUGAGCAUUUAGAUCCCAAGAGACCGACAACAACCCUGACUCCGACAACCACACCGUCAAUGUCAGAUGUUACAACGGUCAGCUGGAAGUACACUCGGACCUAUCCCCCUGAGGUUGACUCCAACCCAGGGAAUACCGUCAUCAGUCAGCCCAAUACCAUCCCCCGACCCACACAGAUCCAGACAGACCAAAUACCCACGGGCACUUCCGGUCACACACUGGCGUCGAAAAAUGCUGGAUCGUGCUGUCAGUUCUUUAUUUCAUUCCUUGUGAUAACCAACACCUUGACAUUUUUGUACCACAUGGGAGUCGUUGUUUCAUGAUGUUUCAUUGGAAUGUAUUUGACUACCCUCAUCUGUCAAUGCUAACGAAAUGAUGCAUUAUGGGAAAAAAGACGCUAUCGCUCAACGGAAUGUGUUAUAAAAAUGAAAUCAUCGUGUGAGUUGCGCAUUAGGAAGGAUGGUGUACUCCAACGCAUGUCUCCAAAGACAUAACUAAAAACUAUUGGGAACAAGCUUAACAAGACAUGACAUAACAUCAUCGCAAAGACAAGGUCGUACAUUAAAUCGGCUUCUUACAGGAAUAAAACCCACAUGAGCUCAUUUAAAUGUCUGAUACCCUGUGCAAAAAUAAUAUGUUUGAUGAUGUGUCAUUUGGAUCGUUCAUACUGCAUACAUUAUAGAAGUUCUGACGUCAAAGAGGCGGUCAUCAGUGGUCACAUUUCUGCACGGGCAGUGCCAUACUGCUAUGUUUAUCUUUGAAUUCAACUUGAGAACCUCUCACUUCAAUAUACGAUAACAUAUCGCCAAACAGUUCAACCUAAACAAAUUCCAGCACGUAUGUUGAACAACUAUCUGGCCCCGAGUUUGCUGCUUAUCACCAAAAGAAUUACGUGUUUGCAAAUCUGUGUCCACGACACAGUUAACACCAAUAGGUAUGAUGCAUGUGGCAAUAUUGAAGAGCUACGUGCGUUACGCCUGACCAAACACUAGGAUGAUCCUUUACGUAUUGGCUCCACGAAUAUCAUGUGUGUACUUUUCACAAUGCGCUGAUUGCACUACGUGUCCCGUGUGUGUUGAGGACUUGAUCUCUUGAGAUGAGAACUACUUUCUGGACCUUUGCUGUAAGACGAUUCACCAUAAACUACCAGUGUUGUGGCGGACACUGCACCUAUCAUGUUCUGUGAAAUAUAUGACAAUACAGAUGUAUGUUGAAAACUGUUGAAUUUGUAUAAAUGUUACAUGUUCGUGUUGAUGGAAACAACAGUAGUUAUUUGUGCAUAUGAGAAUCAUCAUGUACAUCAGAGAUCAGAAAAAGUUGUCGGUGCUUCAUGUCACAUGGACGCAUUGUAAUUAUAAUAAUGUUAUUUUUAUGCAUAUGUAUCAGGUGAAUAUGUAGAUAGCUGCUUUGCUCCUUUCAUAACGGUUCGCCAAUAUAUUAUAAAAAGCCAUUGUUUCAGAAUAACCUUAUUGUUAGAUCUUCAAAAUAUCUGUAUAUUCAUGUUUACGUCAAUAGUUGAAAACAUGUUCCUGCUUAAUGAUUUAGAUUUAGACCAUACAAGAAAGUGUGUGAACUUGUGUUCCUGUCUGUAUGUCACAACCAUAUCUCUGCUGCUUGAUAUAUUACACACUGAUGUUGGUACAUUUGUCUGUCGUUGUUUCCAACUGUUUCCUCCGAUGGCGUCACAUAUAUUUACUGAGAAUACUGUUGUUAACAAGAGGUAAAUAAUCAGUUUUCAAUGUUACAUUAUGACAGUUCAACAUUAAAACCGUUGACUUUGAUUUUAAUGAAUAUGUGUAUAUACAAAAACAUUGUGCAUUGUCUCUGUGUGGCUUAUGUACCAGGACUGGACGUACAAGUCCAGCUUCGUGAACACGUUAUGGCAUUGUAUUGUGACAGUUUAAGAACUCGGGAGUUGAGGUUUUCUAAUGUGUCUCAUCUAUUGUGUUUGCUUUAGUUUUCUGUGGUUAUAUAUGAAUAUAUCAUGAAUUGCA